AUGCUCGACUCGUGCCACCCGCGUAAUCGUGCAAGCCACGCCCCAACCCUGCAUGUACUGAAGACGCUUCCCUCCCUUUGUGAUCCGACCCCACAACAUCCCCGUGGCCCCCAAAAGCCACCCCUCCAAUUCUAUCUCAAGGUGAUAGGCAGCAGGCCAUGGAGCAACAUCUCCGUCUUGACAAACGCCAGGAUUCAGAGGGAGUUCAACCCGACCUUCGGCGUGUUGCAGGAGCUGGACAAGCAAGGGCUCUUGGGGGCGCCCGCCAACUUCUAUCCGGACCGCGACUUGUACACGGACCUCCGGGACAUGCUGUGCGCCGAGAACGUGGUCCUGGCAAAAUCGUCCAUCACCCGCUUGUUGGUCAGGCAUUCGCGGGCGAAGCGGUUCUUCCUCCCGACGUCGUGCGCUCGAGGAGGACCGUUCUUCGUCGAUCGGAUCUGCCUCUACAGGCCAGACGUUGAGGUGUACGGCAUCGAGUGGAAGACAACUCUCAACGAGUACAGCGUGUACGACGAGUGGAUCAACACCGACGCGCAGCGGCUGGAAAUGAUCACCUCGGACGAAGUCAAGAGUAUCCAGCGAUGCUGCGUUAAAUGAACCGGAAACAAUUGUCGUUCGAUAAGCGAUUGCGGAUCCACGUCGAGGUAGUUUUAGCUUGCCAGCAGCGAAACCUGCUCGGGGUUUGCAGUGAAUAGUGGCUGUCGCGGCCGCACAGUAGCUUAUGCGCGCGACAUAUGUUUAGCUCUGCCAUUUAUGGGAGGCCCUCCUCACGAUGCUGAGGAUGAUAACAUGGCACAGAACCGGAAUGGAGAUAAAAUGUGUGAUGUGCGCGACAUACUGUAUUCCUACCGUAUUCGUUGUGGAAAUUGCUUGAGGAUGGUAUGCAUAGCACCGCACAGAAAUCUAGGUGAUGGAAAUGAUUACGUGCGCGAUCCUCUACUGUUAAUGUCUUAAUAUCUGAGUUUUUGUUUGGCUGUAGUCCGUUGAGGAAGAUCUCACGUCCCGCACUGGGAUGGGAAGAAGAUGACCGACAAAGGUUGGGUUUUGUCCAGGCAAUAUAAUCUUUGUACAAUAUAUGACGUGAUUAUUGCGGUGGUAUUUUUGGGGGGGCGAGAGCACACGACGCUUGGGACCUAUUGUACGCGUUGUUGCACAAAGCCUUCGUACGUGACGAUAUUAUGAGGAGUUUGUUGACGACCGCCACACGGCACGCAUCGGAUGUAGGCGAUACACGACAGCAUGCCCAAUGCUAUCUUCGUGUCUUUGUUGUUGAGGAUAGCACCAAUUAAGAGUGUAGUGUCGUCGUUCCGCGCGUGAUUGUUCUUUGCAGUGGUGCGCUUCGUAGUUGGUGGUGAGCCGUAUGGGCCCAGCUCAUAUGUUUGUGGAGAAAAUAAACUUAGUCAACUCGCGAAGGUGGAAUAGCUUUGUAUCAUAGACUCCCGAGUAGCUGGGUCUCCUGGUGCGACCCCGAUGUGGACAAGCGAACCGAAUUAUGCCCUUGCAACCCAGAUCUCUGUAUUUUUUGUCAGUGGGAGGUCGACAUGUUGGUGUUUUUGUUUGCAUAUGAUUUGGUAAGUCGUAUGGGCCCAGCCCAUAUUUGUGUGUGUUCAGUAUCUGUGUUCGAUAUCUCGCCCAACUCGGCCGAACGUGGAAAAUCCUCGUAUUAUAGAUACUCCCGAGUUGCUGGGCCUGGUGGUGCGAGCUUGACGUGGACAACGCACCGGAAAAAGACCGUGCAAAUACCCAAAUCUCUCCGUUUCUUGUGAAUGGGAAGUCUUGUAUAGUACUCUAGUCCACGAGGCUAACCGCUGUUGCGAGCCUGUCGUGGACAGCGCACCAGAAGGAUUUCCUGCAGGCCGUCACCCGGAGAGGUCUAAGGAUUGGUUCCCAGCAGAUUGUUUCUUGUCACACCCGGAGGUCAGUCACAUGGUAUUUUGUAUAGGUGGGUCUUGCUUGUUAGUUCUUGUCUUGUUUCCAUAGUAUGUCUAGGUCUAGGGACCUCGAUUUCGUUUGGCAUUUUAGUCUCGCUUGUUUUGCGAGGGGGCGUCGAUUUCUUACGGCGGGAAGAAAGCUGUGACCUCUUUAGGUGCGGCGCAGAAUUUUGUGAGUUGGAGCAGUCCUGGAAGCAAGAGUUUGCAAGCUGCAGCUAGGUCGCUAGUUGGGUGGGGACACAGAGUAAUGGGUACUAUGUAGUCAAGGGUAAAUAUACAGGCAAUUCGAGGAGUUGUUCCUUCAGAAAAAAAAUGGUGCCGACAUACCGCCGAAGAUAAACGUCAUUCCG